GCGCGAACUGAAAGAGAGGGUUACCUCUCGUUAUGAUUGAGCUUCGUCCUUUUUCUAUCAUCUCCUCCUCCACCUGACACUGUACAAGCUCAUUUCCAUGGCGGAUCAUCUGUUCCUCUCUCUCAAACCUCCUCCUCCUCCUCCUAUGAUCUUUCCUUGCUUUACCCGUCGUCCUUGGUGCUGCCGUUCUUCGUUUUCCGGUGAAAUCAGAUUCUCCGUUCGCGAGCUCCUCCGACUAGCCAAUUCGACUUCUCCUUCCCAUUCUUCGUCUUCCUCGUCGCCUCCGUCCCUGGAUUCUGCUCCGGCGAAGUUCGAUGUAGUCUCUACCACACAGCUUCACGAUGGAAGCCAUGUCUUCCGUUUUGGAGAUGCGAGUGAAAUCGAAAGAAAUGCUGAAAAGGAAGAACCAACGAGUAGUGUAGUACAGGAAGAGGGGUCUGAGAUAGCAGAAGAAGCCAGUGGGGUUUCAGCGGAACAAGCGGUGAAGGAAGAUUCUGUUCACCUUCCGGAAUUGGAAGCUCCUAAUGGCAAAUCUAAUUCGGAGACAGAAACGAUGAGCUCUAACGUGAAAACAGUUAAGGAGGAGAGAGCUGUUCCUGCUAAUCGUAGCGAUGUCAUCAAGAUUAAGGAUCGUAAAAGGCCGCGUUCCCCUUCAAAGAAAAAGAAAGAAUCUUCGAGCCCAGUGAGUGUAUCUCUGCAUGAUGACAAAGUCGAGACCGAAGACGCUAAUUUGUCCGAGAUGAAUUCGAAGGAAGAAAAGGUCACCACCAUUUGUAAAACCUCCCACGAAAAAAAGGUCUCCAUUUCUGGGGAUUCUGAGACGACAAAUCAGAGUGUAGCAGCAGCUGAGGCUUAUAUUCAUCCUAAAGUCAUGGAGAACGCUGUAGAGAGUGAAGUAGUUGCUAAAUCAUCUUCUUCGGACUGUUCUGAGACACGUGAUUAUCCAGAAAUCGCCGAGAAGCAUACAGAAAGCGAAACAACAUCUGAAUUACCUACUUCAGAAGUUUUCUCUGAGAAUCAUGAAGCUGAGGAAGUUUCAGAGGAGAAGACUGGUGGUAUCAAGGUCAUGCAUGUCUCCACUAUUGGCCAUGGUGGUAACUUUGAUGCAGUAAUAAACCCCAUCACAGAUUUUGACCCUACAUCGAAUCAUUUUGAUGAACAGCAGGCAACAGCUGUUGUGACUCCUGAUGAAUUCAUUCCAACCUCUGGAGCAACACAUGAUGGUGUGGAUGGGACGGACGAAAAGUCAGUGACUGACCAAUCUGAUGUGGCGACAAUGAGGUCUGAUGAUGUUGAAAUCGUGGUUUCAACCACAAAAGAGGAAAGAACUUUGGAUGCAAAGAAAGGUGACGAUGUCGAAUUAUUUGCAACUGACAUGACCGAACCAGCAUCCAUUGAAACGGCUUCAAGGAGAGAAGAAAUUGCACCUAAAGAGUUUUACUUGGACUCCGGUUUCACCUCUCUUCAAAAGCCUUGUAAGGCAUUGGCAGGUCGGGAAGAUGCUUAUUUUAUCUCUCACCAAAGAUGGUUAGGUGUUGCUGAUGGAGUCUGUCAAUGGUCAUUUGAAGGAAUCAAUGCCGGGGUAUACGCUCAAGAACUCUUGAACAACUGUCAAAAGAUUAUUUCAGAUGAAAGUGUCCAGAUAACUGACCCUGUUGAAAUACUCGGUAGAAGUGCGAGUGAAACCAAAUCCAAUGGAUCAUCAACAGCCUUGGUUGCUCAUUUCGACGGUCAUGAACUCCACGUCGCGAAUGUCGGAGAUUCUGGGUUCAUGGUUAUUAGGGACGGGACAGUACUGCAGAAGUCUUCUCCUAUGUUCCACGAGUUUGGAUUUCCCUUGCAAUUAACGCGAGGCGAUGAUCCUUCGAAACUUGCAGAGGUUUACCGUGUCAAUCUGGACGAGGGCGAUGUAAUUGUCGCUGCAACUGACGGACUCUUCGACAAUCUAUAUGAGAGAGAAAUCGUUUCCAUGGUCUCCAGUUCACUCCAACAGAAUUCGGAACCUCAGAAAAUAGCGGAGUUGCUGGCCGAAAAGGCGCAGGAAGUCGGGAGUUGUGCUUCAUCAAGAACUCCAUUUGCGGAUGCAGCCCGAGCAGCGGGUUACAACAGAUACAGAGGCGGGAAACCCGAUGCUGUAACCGUUAUCGUUUCUUUGGUAAGAACUCGGUAACCCGUUUUUCUCCCGCGACCACAGAGGAGGAUAUUUCAAAUCGUACAGUCUUGAGUCCUCUCUUAUGUGGUUGGUUGUUCCAAAGGAUAUAAUCCGAGACUUAAGAGAGAAGUUUUCAAAGAGAGUUGUGAUGAGAAUGUGGUUACCUUUGUACAAAUCUGUUUUUAAUAUUCAUGGAUUUUUAUUAUUGAAAUGCCCCUUUAUA